AUGGUUAUUGGACACAAUUCUAUUCUCUUCUCAUGUUUUCUUUUUUUAAUUUUUAAAUUGUUUGAAUGUUUAGAUGCAAAAUCUUUUGAGACAUCGUUGAAGUCAGCAGUUUCGCCAGUGAAUGGCUCAAUAUUCAGUCAACGGACCGACGCCUCCUCUGCCGAACAGUAUUUUCAGUUUUAUGGCUACAUGUCUCAGCAGCAGAAUAUGAUGCAGGAUUACAUUAGGACAUCCACCUAUCAGAGAGCCAUGCUUGACAACACCAUGGAUUUUAAGGACAAAGUUGUGUUGGAUGUUGGAGCAGGAUCAGGCAUUCUAUCAUUUUUUGCAAUACAAGCAGGUGCUAAAAAAGUUUAUGCUAUUGAAGCUUCAAGUAUGGCCAAACAUUGUCAAACUUUGGUGAACAACAAUAGACUCUCGGAUGAGGUUAUUGUCAUUGCUGGAAAAAUAGAAGAGGUAUCUCUACCGGAAGAAGUUGACGUCAUCAUAUCCGAGCCCAUGGGGUACAUGCUCUUUAAUGAGCGCAUGCUCGAAACAUUUCUGCAUGCUAAGAAGUGGCUUAAACCAAAUGGCAAGAUGUUUCCAACGCAAGGUGAUCUUCAUAUUGCUCCAUUCACUGAUGAAACACUCUACAUGGAACAAUGCUCCAAAGCUAACUUCUGGUAUCAGAACUCAUUCCAUUCGGUUGAUCUCUCAAGCCUGAGGGAGGCUGCCAUACAAGAAUAUUUCAAGCAACCCAUUGUGGACACGUUUGAUAUCCGAAUCUGUUUGGCUAGAUCCAUAAAAUACUCCGUCAACUUUGAAACCGCUCGUGAAUCUGACCUCUACAACAUUGAAAUUCCUCUGAACUACGUCGUCCUUCAGUCUGGCACUGUUCAUGGUCUUGCUUUUUGGUUUGAUGUCGCCUUCCUUGGUAGUCAAACUGCUGUUUGGCUGUCGACAGCUCCUACCCAACCUCUUACUCACUGGUACCAAGUUAGAUGCUUGUUGCAGACACCGAUAUUUGUUAAGCAGAGCCAAACAUUAUCUGGAAAGGUGGUCCUCAAAUCUAAUAAAAGGCAAAGUUAUGACGUUGAAAUCAGCUUGGGUGUACCAGGCACCACCAUCAAAUCUACCAACAGUUUGGAUCUGAAGAAUCCAUUUUUCAGAUACACAGGCCAGCCCCCUCAACCUCCUCCAGGGACAAACAAUGCAUCCAACGAUGCAUACUGGAGUCAGCAAGAUGUCAACAGUUAG